AUGACACAAAGCAACGUCAUUCUGAACGCAGAUCAUGUCAAGAAGUUCAGAUCUGUAAUCCAAGACCUCUCGUACGUUUCGGCUGUGGGUUGGAACCAUACUCAGGAAUUGAUCAGGGAGUAUCAUGUGGAUGAUGUUGUACAAAGAGGGGUUGAGACUUCUCAGGUCCUCAUGAAAGAGUACCAUGUUGACGAUGUGCUCAACAACAUCUCUGAGGUUGUAAAUCAAGGCCUGAAGCACACCGACAAAUUCAUCCGAGACAACCAUGUGGAUGAUGCGGUGGCGAACAUGUCAGAGACUGUGAAGCAGUACACGAUUGAGGGGAUCAAACAUACCGACAAAUUCAUCAGAGAUAACCAUGUGGACGAUGCGGUGGCGAACAUCUCAGAGACUGUCAAGCAGUACACGAUUGAGGGGAUCAAAAGGACACAUAAGUUUGUCAAGGACAACAAGGUGGAUGAAGCGGUGGCCAACCUUGAAAAGGACGUUGCCAAGUACUCGGUAGAAGGGUGGAACAAAACCAAGAGACUCAUGGAGGAAUACCAAGUCCCGCAACUUGUUUCCAACCUCUCCGACUCCGUGGCAAAGUACUCAGAGCAGGGAUGGAGAAAUACUCAAACGCUGGCGAGGGAGUGGCAUGUGCCUGAACUUGUAGGUAAUAUCACUGAUACAGUCGGCCGCCUGUCGAACGAAGGCUGGAAGAAGACACAGUCAAUCAUUAACGAUCUUCAAUCUGCUCCUCCACCUCCACCUCCCGCCAAGCGAUGA